AUGCCUUCCAUGGCAACCUCAAUUAACACCGCAUGUGUUCAUCAGAUACAUGAUACUGAACAGGAGCAGAGCCGCGUGUGCGAGCUUGCAGCCCGCAGCUCCCGCUGCCCCGAGCGGAGCCCGCAGCCCCGAGCCCGGUCCGGCCCAACCACGCACCCGCGAAGUUCCGGGUCGCUCGCAGGAGCAGGAGCCGCCCGGCACCGCCGCUGCUCCCCGAGACCUCUCCCCGCCCAGGGCAAGGGCACCCCAAAGCCGACCCCGUCCGCGGGGAUGCGGGUGCUGCGCGGGGAGCACCGCGGCCGCCCAGGCCUACCCCCACGCCGCCCGCCCCGCGCCCCCCGCGCCCUCACCUGCGGCCCGGCCCGCGCAGCUCCGCGCCGCUCCGCGCGGCUGCGCUGCCACCGCCUGCGCCGCAGCCGCGCCCCCCGGGCCGGCGGGGAGGGCGCUGCCGGCAGCCCCCCGCCCCCCGCCGCCAGCCCCCGGCCCGCCCCCGGCCCCGCGGCGGCCCUGCCGGCACCCAACCGCAGCGAGCGGAGAGCGCGGCGCUGCGGAGGGGCCCGGGACUGCCCUCGCCUGCGAGCGGGCCCCGUCCCGCCGAGGGCAGGGCUGGGUCUCUCCCGUGGGACGCCACCCCCUCCUCUCGCGGGGCAGCAUCCCAAUUUGCAAGGCAGCAUCCCUCGCUUUUGGCACGGCGGCAUCCCUCCCUGUGCGGCAGGAUCCCUCUCUCUUGCAGAGUAA